AUGGGAGGAGCCGCAGGGGCCAGGCCUGUCCCCCAGCAGAACGUCAAGGUGCUGCAGGCAGGUCAACACUGCAGUUGCCAUGCCCAGUGGCCAGUGGACCCUGGCUUACCAGUUCCUCCCUUGGGCUUUCCUGCCAGUGCCAAGGUGGCUCCCCUGCCACCCUGGCCAAGUUUCCGUACGCCAUUUGCCAGCAUAUGUGUUUGUGAGAGUGUUUGUAGAGGUGGACUGUUUCCUUGAAAACAGCACCAGAAAGGGCAAAAAGGCUCCUCAAGCCACCAGGUAGCCUUCCUUGGCCAAGGAUCUGGGCCAAUGAGAACAGCCUGUUCAGUUGACCAACUCAUGACAUCAAAUAGCAGAGGGAUUGUCACACCUGCUUACAGUGCCCUCCCCGCUACGUCUCCCCAGUAUUUGAUUUUGUGCACCAAAGAUGAUCUGGCCCAUUUUUCUCCUGGAGGCAGAGUGACAUGCUCCUCUCUUAGCUUGCAGGGCACCGCCUUGGUUCUGAAGCCACAGGCUCGGUCUCCCCAAGCCAAUAUUCUCUUUCCCUUGGACUUCUUAACCUUCACAGAAGCUGCUUGCAGGGUCGUCGGGAUAACUGGGGCAAUUGGAGCACUUUAUCAUACAGUACCUCAGCCUAGCUGUCCAAUAACCCCUUUUGCUGUCGCCUGCAUCAGGGUUUUGAUACUUGUGAUCGCUGAUGAUAACUCAGUGUUUUGUGCAGUGGGCACCAUUCCCCACAGUCGUCAGCAGGUCUCUGGGCACUGGUGUGCGUGCUGGGCCGCACCCUGGGGGUGA